ACAGGGAAAUGUCUCCAAGGACAAGGGAGAGCAGAGAUUCCAUCCUGUACCUAGACUCAGCCUGGGACAGUUAACACACAAAAAAGCUAUUGUCUCCUCUUCAAGACCUGAAUUUGGGGAUGAAAUUGGAGGCUGAAUGAACGGGUCUGAUUCACCCCUGAGGCUCUAGUUCCUUCGUUCUCUGGGGGAAAGGGUGGCAAAAUCUUAACCAGUUCUACUUGAGAAGGCAGCAGAGCAAAUGGUCAAAAAGCGCCAGCCCUGGAGGCAGACAGUCUGGAGCCAGCACCUCAACCUUUCUGAAGCAGGCUACUUGCAGCGUCCUGGGAGCCCAGUGUUAUUGCAGCGGCUGUCACCACCCCAGAAAGAAAGCCCCGCCACCACAGAGACAGAGAGCUGCAGUAAUCCUGAGGUUCGGAGAGCCGGCUGAAGGGACAGUCUCGGCACAGGAGCCCUGAUACACAGAGCAAAGGCCACCGAGCGAGUUCCAACCCCCUUGUGAGCAACUGGAGUGAGGAGAGCCCCCAGCCUGCCGGUUCUUCAGUGGACUCUACCCAGCAGCCCUGGCCAAGUCACACUGCAGGAAGCCAUGUUCCUAGUGCUGCCUCUGACCUUGAGAGGAUCUAGGUGAGGCUCAACACACCGCGCCAAUCCUGAGAGUUCCGCCACCGUUGCUGCUGAGCCAUGGCUGAAGGAGAAAUCACCACCUUCACAGCCCUGACCGAGAGGUUUGAUCUGCCUGCAGGAAACUACAAGAAACCCAAACUUCUCUACUGCAGCAAUGGGGGCCACUUCUUGAGGAUCCUUCCAGAUGGGACAGUGGAUGGGACAAGGGACAGAAGCGACCAGCACAUUCAGCUGCAGCUGAGUGCGGAAAGCGCGGGCGAAGUGUAUAUAAAGGGUACGGAGACUGGCCAGUACUUGGCCAUGGACACGGACGGGCUUUUAUACGGCUCACAGACACCAGAUGAGGAAUGCCUGUUCCUAGAAAGGCUGGAAGAAAACCAUUAUAACACUUACACAUCCAAGAAGCACGCAGAGAAGAACUGGUUUGUGGGCCUCAAGAAGAAUGGGAGCUGCAAGCGCGGUCCUCGGACUCACUAUGGCCAGAAAGCAAUCUUGUUUCUCCCCCUGCCGGUAUCUUCUGACUAGUGGGAUCUGUCUGGGUGCUCCCUAUUUUGGUUGACCCUAAAAUGUUCCCUUGACCAUUGGCUGCGCUAACCCCCAGCCCACAAAGCCUGAAUUCGUAAGCAGUGCUUCUAAAUUGCCAGCUCACUUUUCUGCUGAGCCCUUCCCCUGCCAGCACAGUUUGGAACAGAAGGACCAAGUUGCUUCUAUGGGGCCAACUGGCUGGUCAGUCUAGGUCUUGGUUUUGAUUUACGGUUGCCUCCGGGCACCUGCCGCAAGCUGCACCUCAGGACGCAAAGAUGGGGCCAUGAGAAGCCUCCAGAGGGAUAUGAGAAGUUGGUCCUUAGCAGUUCCAUGCUCUUUCCCCCUACUGAGAAAGCCCUGGUUUGACUACCCCAGGCACCUAACAGGUCUACCCUUCCCCGUACCAGCACCCCACAAAUAUUAGUAAAGAAACCGAUAGUGAAACUGGAGGAAUUCUAUGAUGGAGACAGAAAUCCUCCUCCCACACCCCCUCCCCACGCACAGAUGGCACUUAAAACCAAAAGGGAGUGGCAUUUCCGCGGACAGCCUAGAAGCAUGAGAUCUCAGCAUAGUGUAAGGCGACUCAUCCCAGCAGUAGGUGUUACCAAGGAAACCUCUACAGUCAGGGGAUGAGCCUCGGAAAUGAUUUCUUGAUAUCAGCAAGCACAGUGAUCUAGGGUUAAGAGAGUAGGUGUAGGAGCGGUGAGGAAAGAAGGGUGCCUUCAGCUGUGGAUGCUAGCCUCUAAAAUGGGGAGAUUCUAAACACGAGGAGAGAGAAAGAGAAAGCAAAGCCAUGGCAUGGUGUGCUUGGUCACCUAGAAACUUUGGGGUCCCAGGAUGAUGCCCCCAAAAUCGUACGUGCAUACAGAUCACCUGAGGAUUUGGUUUAGAUAUGAAAGCUGAUUUGACAGGGCUGGUGAGGGCUCCUAGGUCCUGUAGAUGUUGUUGGCUUCCCCACCACGCUUCAAGAGCAGAAACUGCUAUUCAGACAAAGGUUCCUCGAACCUCACCCAUAUCUGUUUCCACCGCCUGGGUCUCCCUGAACAUUCAGGCAAUGUCCAUGAUAGUUAAGCAUGGUUUUAAGGCACUUUGGCCCAGGGCCUAUAAAAUGCCCAUUUAGAAGACAUAAAGAAAGCAUACCUCAAAAAAAAAAAAAAAAAUAUAAUUAAAAAAAAGUUAAACCUCACCAAAAGCCUUUCCCAAGAGACCAUUUCUGUUACCGUUGUUUCCCCAAGCAGGCCUCCUCUUAAAGCAAACUUGGCCCAAGUGGCCAUCAAAUCAGAAACACUAUUCAUCUCUGACAUACGACACAGAUGCCGUGGGAAGGCCUUUCACACGCCAUUUCAACAUACUGUGAGACUGUAUAUUUUCGUCUCAUUUUAUGUAGCUUGAAGGAAUUAAACGGAUUCGCAUUCAGCCAGAGACUAAUAACAACUGUGUAGGAGGCGUAAGCUACUUAAUUAUCUAACACACUACUUUUAUGCCUGAGGCUUUUCUCCUUUGUCUUCUACUGUGUUUAAAGACGGGUAUCUAGGGGCUGGAGAGGUGGCUUAGCGGUUAAGAGCAUACGGCUCCCACAAAGAAUAGUUCCGUUCCCAGCACGCACAUCCCAUGCUCACACUUGGUUCUAACUCCAACUCCAGGGGCCUGAUGUCCUCUUCUGACCUCCAGGGCUACUGCAUGCACAAGUACAAACCCCACACCCAGACAUGCACACAUUUUUUUAAUCUAAAGCAACAAUAUGGUGGCUGUGGAUUAAAACCAAUGAGAGUUUUCACUUGUUUGACAAGGAUCUACAGGAAUUCUUCCCUAAAAAAAAAAAAAAUCUUAUAACAACACGGUCAUAUUUAGGAUGGGAGA